UCGAAAAAAGAGAAUGCUGAAGGAUAACUCAAAACUUUGGACGGGAGCAGCUGUCCCUUACGAAUUUGCAAAGUCUGUGUGGAGUUCCCCUGCCCGCGAAUAUGAGACAAUGAUAGAGGCCAUGGAGGAGAUUAUGCAGGAAACCUGCCUUCGAUUUAAGGAAAGGAGCGGAGAGGAGGAUUUUGUGCGCAUUGAUUUCCAAGGAGCAAAAGACUAUCACAUGUCAUAUGACGGUAGAUGCGGCGGCGAGCAACCGAUAAGUUUAUUCCAUCAGGAGUAUGAGAAACCGGCGUUUUUGCACGAAAUGGGGCACACUAUAGGUCUGAAACAUGAGCACCAGCGCCCGGACAGAGACCACUACAUCGAGAUUAUACACGAGAACCUGGGACCGGGCGUUUAUAAGGACUUUGAAAAAUUUGACAUAAAUAAAAUAAAUUUAUUUGGAGAGCCAUUCGAUGUUGACUCCAUAAUGAUGUAUCAUGACACAAUGUGCUCACGGAAUCCCAAGGAGUUAAAAACGAUAAAGUCAAAAUGGGGACGUAGCCUAUCAAGAACAACAAAAGGACAAUUAAACUCGAAAUUCAGCGCUGGUGACGUGAAACGAGUCCGAGAACUCUACCGGUGUGCAGGAGACGGAAAAACACAAAAGCCAAGAUUUCCGUUCGAUAUUGUUUGUUCAUUUACCGAUCAUGAUUGCAACUUCAAAGGGCUCCGCAGCGCUUGGUCUUGGAUUGAAGAAAAAUCUACUACAUGGUCUCGUUCUAAGCGCGGUGGGUUAUAA